AUGUCGUUCCCAGAUCACUGGGGUUUGCAGUUCACCAAACUCAUACACAGCAAAGCCGAAGGACCUACCGACCCAAAAAAUAACCAGCUUUCACCGAACUUCACUGUGGUGGUCACAGGAGCAGGCAAAGGUCUUGGCUAUGGUAUUGCUGUAGCAUAUGUUAAAGCUGGUGCAAGCCGCAUCGUGAUAUCCUCUCGCACAAAGGCGGACCUCGACAAGCUGCAAGAUGAACUUCGAUCUAGCAAUCCCAAAGCUGACAUCCUGGCACAAACCUGCGACACGAUGAAGGAUGAAGACGUGAAGAAGCUUGCUGACGCUACACGAGCGAAAUUCGGACGCCUCGAUGUCGUCGUAGCAAAUGCUGGCAUCAUCUCCAAAUAUAUCAAGGACGGGAAUGGCAAAAAAAAGCUACCCGUUGGCAUUGUAGAAGACACCGACUUCGAUCGAGUCAUCCAAACGAACUUCAUGGGGUCGUACAGAGUAGCCAAGCACUUCGUACCUCAACUGCUGGCUACCAAAGAUGGUCCGCAGGCGUAUAUAUGUAUCACAUCGAUUGCAGGUCAUUGCACGGACUCCAGUCUUACGCCUAUCGCGUACAGCCUGAGUAAGACGGCUAUAAAUCGCAUGGUAGAGAACAUGCACAAUGAUCAUCAGGCGGAUGGUCUGCAGGCUUUUAGUGUGCAUCCGGGUGCUGUGUUGACACCACAGACUGAGCUGCAUCAUACUACGCAGCUGGGUUCCGCGUGGACAGAUCUGCUCGUGGAUGACGUUGGACUUUGUGGUGGCUUUCUAACUUGGUUGACCAAGGAGCGACGAGGGUGGCUGUCCGGAAGAUAUCUUUCCAGCAAUUGGGACGUCGAUGAGCUAGCUGCCAGGAAAGAUGAGAUUGUCGAAGGUGACAAGCUGACAUUCAAGAUGGUAGUAUAG